AUGGCCACUCCUGUCCACUGCAUCGCCUGUUUCGAGGUCCUAGACGCCCAUCACUCCGAGCGGAAGCCCCUCUCCCUCGAAGAGAUACAGUCCUCGUGGAACGAUUACACAGCCUACAAGAACAAGGAUGCAGCCGGCCCCCGGAACCCCGCUGUGACGCGGGUGGCAGCGGAUGCCGCCGCGGACUCGUCCCCCACCUCGUCGGCCUCGUCCAACUCGUCCGUGUCCAUCGGCGGUGCACCCUCGACGCCGGCCUCGUCCGUGUCCCUGGCAUCCGUCGUGGCUGGCAACAUACCGGACGAGGCCCCCCUGUUCGUCACCUGGGACAUCGCCGACAGCGACGACGCCCGGGACGGAGACGGCGAAGAUGACGAAGACUACAACCUCCGUGGGUGCAUCGGUACCUUCCAGGCCCAGCCUCUGUCGGAGGGCGUGCCCGAGUACGCCCUCAUCUCGGCGCUGCAGGACACGCGGUUCUCGCCCAUCUCCCGACGCGAGAUGCCCCGUCUGCGCGUGUCGGUCACGCUGCUCACCGACUUUGAACCCGUCGACGACCCGUACGAUUGGGUCGUGGGCACGCACGGCGUCCGGCUGUCGUUUACCGACCGCGGACGGCGCUACGGGUCCACGUACCUACCCGACGUGGCGUCGGAGCAGGGCUGGACGCGAGAGGAGGCCCUCUUCAGCCUCACACGCAAGGCCGGAUGGGUCGGCAGCCAAGCUCAGUGGCGAGAGCUUCCCCUGCGCGUCACGAGGUACCAGGGCAAGAAGUGCAGCGUGGGAUAUGGAGAGUUUAGCAACUGGAGGCGUUGGGUUGAGUCGGAGAAUGGACCUUGA